UUAGAGUGCAAAGAAAAUGAGUUCCUCUUUGAUAAAAUUGGGUUUUGUUCUUGUUCUUCUUCAGCUAGCAUUGUCUCAUGCACAACUAAGUCCUUCCUUUUACGAUAAAACAUGUCCACAAGUCUUUGACAUUGCUACCAAAACCAUUGUCAAUGCUCUGAGAUCAGACCCUCGCAUCGCUGCGAGCAUCCUUCGUCUUCAUUUCCACGACUGCUUUGUUAAUGGAUGUGAUGCAUCGAUAUUGUUAGACAACACAACAUCGUUUAGAACGGAGAAAGACGCCUUUGGGAACGCCAAAUCCGCACGAGGUUUCGAGGUGAUCGACCAAAUGAAGGCUGCUGUGGAGAAAGCAUGUCCUAAAACAGUUUCAUGUGCUGAUUUACUCGCAAUCGCGGCUCAAAAAUCUGUCGUUUUGGCGGGAGGUCCUUCAUGGACGGUUCCAAAUGGAAGAAGAGACAGUUUAAAGGGGUUUAUGGAUCUUGCUAACGAUAACCUUCCAGCUCCAUUCUUUACUCUUAAACAACUUAAGGAUAGCUUCAAAAAAGUCGGACUCGAACGUCCUUCUGAUCUCGUUGCUCUUUCCGGUGCUCACACCUUUGGUAAAAACCAAUGUCAGUUCAUAAUGGACCGUCUUUACAACUUCAAUGAAUCCGGUUUACCCGAUCCAACCCUUGAUAAAUCUUACCUUACCACACUUAGAAAACAAUGUCCACAAAAUGGAAACCAAAGUGUCUUGGUAGAUUUUGAUUUACGUACACCAACGCUAUUCGACAACAAAUACUAUGUGAAUCUAAGAGAAAACAAGGGUCUUAUCCAAAGCGACCAAGAGCUAUUCUCUAGCCCUGAUGCUUCAGACACUAUCCCUUUAGUCCGGGCUUACGCGGAUGGUCAAGGGAAAUUUUUCGAUGCGUUCGUGGAAGCAAUGAUAAGGAUGGGAAGCCUUUCACCUUUAACAGGGAAGCAAGGAGAGAUUAGAUUGAAUUGUAGAGUUGUUAAUACGAAAUCCAAAAUCAUGGAUGUGGUAGAUGCUAAUGACUUUGCUAGCUCAAUGUGAUGAGCAUAUGAAUGUUCUUCUAAUAAUUAAUAAAUUAUCAAUGUUAUGUUUUCUUCUA